GACUCGAUUCCAUCCUCGUCGUUCACUCUAGUUGGUGCUGCCAUCUGUUAGAUCCCGAUAGAUUGAAUUUCUUGAAUUAACAAUUUCACGCAUGUUAUUUCCAAUAACAACGUCGUAAUUCAAAGGAACGAUACGACACGUUUUCAACAAAUCUUUCCAAAAUUUAAUCAAUUUGUUGCGUGAUCGUGUCUUCUCUAUUUUUCUUGUUUCUUUUUAUUUCGAAACGUUAUACCACGAGACGAGAUCGCAUUAAAGUUUCUCCAUAUUAUUUCUCAUUAAAUCGUCAAAUCGUCAAUUCAUCAAUUAUUUUUAACUGAACAUUUGUUGCAAGCUACGAAACUACCGAUAUUUUUUUAAUUCUUUUCUUAGUAAUAUAUGUAAUAAUAAAUCGUAUUAAGAACACAUCUCGUCUGUGGCAGUAACUUGAUGUAUUAUUGAUCAACGCAAUACCACAGACGAGAAAAGCGUUGUAAUGCACUCUGUACUAUAUUUUACAAUCUGCUGCUCCAUCGAUGUCAAGUGUCAACCUGAAGCGAAUCCAACAGUUUGUUAAUCGUUGAUAAAUAGCGUUUUUCAAGUUACUUGGAAUAACAGUACUUUGGAAAAUGUACAACGUUGAAAUUGAAGACUUUUAUCAUCAUGACUUCACGACAGCUUCUGAAUGGGAAAUGUUCAUCGCAAGAUUAGAAGAGAUUAUGCACGAAUGGAAAUUGCCAAACACAAAAGUUGGUUCUUGCUUAAAGUCUGGAGAUUUUGUCAACUGCACGUGGAAAGAAAAUUCCGAAAAGCUUCUUUUUGCAGACGCAGAGUUUACAUUGAAGCAUUUCAAGUUGAAAUUGGACGAUGAUAAAGUUACCGACAAUCUUUUAGAAGAAAGUGAAGAAGAAAAAGUACAGUGUCAUAAGGAUGCGCUAAAUGCGUCGAACGACUUCGCUAGAAUCGAUGGCAAUCAUUUAGAAAUAGCCCGCUACUACGGUAUUAGGGAAUUUCUUGUUUUACAGUCCGUUAAAAAGGAUUCUGUGAUGGAUGAGACAAAAAUUAGAAUUUUACUCAGUUCUCUUGCAAUUGCGGCAACUAAUGCCAGUUGUGAUGUACCUGCGUUAGUACAAGUGCAAGAACCGUGGCAGAAAAUGUAUCUUGGAAUUAGCAUUGGGAAAGGAAUUUGUACCCACUUUGAUAUGGUACACUUGAAGAAAGUACCCUUGCACUGCAAGUAUCUAACUGGUCUACUUACUUUGUUUAAACAAAAAGUUGGAGAAGGUUGUGGAGCAAGACUCGAUCCAGUGAUGAUAUCUGUAAGGUUUUCAUACUUGCUGAAAGAUUGGACCAAUAGUACGUGGACUCAAGAACCUCCAGACUUUGAUUUUAUGCAGGGUGAAACAUUGGGUGUAGCUGAACUUGGAAAACUUCCAUUUGGAGCAACAUACGAUCCGAUUGCAGAGCUUCAUUUAUGUACUACGUGGCCUGAAAUGUCGGAGAACGUCGUGGUUGAUAGCGAAGGUUUCACAGAUUUAGAGCCACAGUUUGCCCCUGAAUGGUCUGUGCAAGUAAAAAUGGUUUCCUCGCCAGCCUGUUUACUCGGAGAGUAUCUAACUGAUUUUUUACAUCUCUGUAAUAACCAAAAAACUAUAGUGGACUUACUGGGAGAUGCUGUGAUUUAUUCUCAACAAGAAGAUCAAACAUUGAGUUCAGUUUUCAACAUAUUAACAGAAUCUAAGAUACCGACAAUUUCAACAGUAGUUAGUAAAGCAACAACAAAGAAGAUUAAAAAUGUAGAAGGGCCGAUAUCGGAGGAAAUAUUAUUGUCGAUACUCUAUUUUCUUUUCCCUGAUGCAGAAGAAAAUUCUAAUACUCCGUAUGGUGACUUGACCGUAUAUAAUAUAGACGAAGACCAAUGGAAAGGUGUAAAAACGUGUGCAAUGGACAGUUUAGUGUGGCGUCUGGCAAUCGUUGCAGCUCAUUGUACACAUAAUCUCGGAGGAGCAACAGCUUUGGCACAACUAUGGUACGAGUUUGUGCAAGAAAUUAGAUUUCGAUGGGAAAGGAGCAUUCUUAUAUCUGGAGUGAGCCCAGGUUUUCCAGAUUCUAUAAGGACAUGUAUAUUACAUCAAAAACUUCAGAUGAUGAACUGUUGUAUCGAAAAAAAGAAGGCAAGAGAAGAAAUGGCGUAUAAAUCUCAAAGUGUAGACACUGACGAAUUUGAAACAGGUAAAGAAUCAGAAGAAGAAGAAUUUUUCGAAUGUACAUCUGAGGAACCAGCAAAUGAAGACGAUUUGACAUUAAGGACACAGCAGAAAGCAUCGCAUCUGUUGUGGAACAAACCUGCAGGACGAUUGGCCAAACAUCCUUCACUCAAGUUAAUCCAAACUGGAGAUUCUCUUUAUCUACCGAUAACACAAGAUCCUGUACCAAAAACGGAGGAUCAACUUGAGGAAGAUGCUCAAGUAAUGAUGCAGCUUGGAACUAGCAAACAUGCUUCAGAAAUGCGAGCGAGAUUAAUGAGCGCCUCGUUAUUGUCUGACAUGGAGUCUUUCAAGGCAGCAAAUCCUGGAGCAGUUUUGGAAGACUUUAUUCGUUGGUAUUCCCCGAGAGAUUGGAUUGAAGAAGAUGGAAUAGACGAAUGGGGUCAACCCAAAGGUCACUUAUCAGCAAGAAUGUUGAUUCCCAAUAAUCCAUGGUCUACAACUUGGAAUUCAGCUCUGCCUGUACCUGCGCAUCGACAAAAACGGUUGUUUGACGAUACAAGAGAGGCUGAGAAAGCUCUGCAUUUCUUAAGUACAAAGCGCACUGGCCAAAUUGCUCAACUUCUCUUACCAGUCUUAACCCAUGCAGCACUUUAUACUUUAAACGAACAAAAACAAGAUGCUCUGCCACAUUUACCCGAUGUUGCACUUAGUAUACUUAAUAAGUUACAAUAUGCUACAAAACCUAUUCAUCAGAAAUUACAUAUAUACGAGGAAAUUAUUCAAGAUAUAGAAGGUGUAGAAGCUCUUGUAGCACAAGUAAAUUCUUUACAACAUAAAUUAGGUGGAAACGAUGAUUCUAAAGAAUUUACUUCAUUUCUUAUCCAGUUAAUGCGAGGAAAAGAGGUGGAUGUACCAGGUGGUUCUAGAGGAAAUAUCGGAUCUCGAAUAACGGCAAUGUUUAGAAAUGCUCAAAAGGCUGCUCUUGCAAUGACUUCUCUCAAUAAUACUUCAGAUGUAGAUGGGGCUGGAGAUAAGUUUAAAACGUUUCCAGAACCUUGUUGUAAAGAGUUUAUUUUACGUAUUGUAACACCUAGACCUUCGCCAACUUCAACUCCACAACCGCAAAGGCUGUACGUGUCUCUUAAGCGAGAUGAUAUUCGUUUAGCUGGAUUUUUCUCGAAAGAUACAAUAUUUUUGUAGUCCACGUUUCAACAAAGCUUUUCAUUUUUUCAACGAAGAGUAAACUGGUUAGUAUUAAAAUAAAUUUUUUAUACGUUAAUCCGUGCCUAUUCCGAUUCUUUUAUCGACAAAGUGAUUACAAAAGUGGUUACACCCUUAUACCUAAAAGACUAUAGUAGACACAGCAGUCUACCUACAAAUAAACAGUUCCGUCGUGUUUUUAAUCUUCUUUUCGUGGGAAAAAGAAGAAAUAUCGUCCAGAUAAAAAAAAGUAACAUUGAUCAAUUUCCCAAGUGUGUAUAAAAAUGUUGUA